GAAACAGAAAGUUGAAUGUCUUUAAUGAACUGCUUAAAAAAGGUUUAAAACAGAAAGUGCGAACCACUGCAUAGAAAUGGUUGCUGUUGUAUUGAUGUUUACACUGAAUUGUUUACAUUCUACUAUAUAGUCAUGUAUUAUAAUAAAAUCUGCCGAACAAAUAAAGUAUUGUUAUAAUCAUUGAAUGACUGAUAUGGCAUUAACAUUUAAAUAACCUUUCUUUGGAAAACCACAAGGUCGUUGACAGUGAACUAAUAAAAAUAGCACAAAGUUGGAAAAUCUAAAAAUAGAACAGACAGCUGAUUAAGUGUUUAUAAGUUAAGCAGAUAUGUUAGCGAAUUAAAGCAAAAAAGGUGUUUUGAUAUUUUGAAAGCUGUUACAUAAAGAUGACACUUCAAAUUAAUAUAGAGACAAGUGAACAUGUGUCGGUGAAGGAUUUUGAAUUGUUGAAAGUUCUUGGUACUGGAGCCUACGGUAAAGUUUUCCUUGUACGUAAGCUGCAUGGCUCGGACGAGAACAAACUAUAUGCUAUGAAAGUGUUGAAGAAAGCUUCAAUAGUACAGAAGACAAAGACGACAGAGCACACUAAGACAGAGAGACAAGUGUUAGAGGCAAUCAGAGAUUCUCCCUUCCUAGUUACUUUACACUAUGCAUUUCAGACGGAUGCCAAGUUACACCUAAUACUAGAUUAUGUGAAUGGAGGGGAAUUAUUUACACAUCUUAACCAAAGAGAACAUUUUACAGAAGCAGAAGUAAAAAUAUACAUCGGAGAGAUUGUUCUAGCUUUGGAAACUUUACACAAGCUUGGCAUAAUUUACCGUGACAUAAAGUUAGAGAAUAUAUUGUUGGACAGUAGUGGUCAUAUUGUACUAACAGACUUUGGUCUCAGUAAAGAAUUCCUACCAUCAGAUGAGCUACACAGGGCUUACUCAUUCUGUGGGACAAUAGAAUAUAUGGCCCCAGAAGUUGUUGAAGGAGGACAUACUGGACAUGAUUUUGCUGUGGAUUGGUGGUCACUAGGUGUGUUGACAUAUGAACUGUUGACCGGUGCCUCACCUUUCACAGUUGAUGGGGAAAGUAAUUCUCAGUCUGAAAUCUCAAGGAGGGUUACUAAAGCUAAACCACCAAUACCGAAAUCAUUCUCACCAGUUGUAAGAGAGUUUAUUCUGGCACUGCUCACUAAAGAUCCAAGAAGAAGAUUAGGGGCAAAUGGGGCAGAUGAAGUCAAAUUCCACAGAUUCUUCAAGGGUAUAAAUUGGGAUGAUCUAGCCGCUAAAAGAAUACCAGCACCAUUUGUGCCAAAGAUCCGCCAUGAGUUGGAUGUCAGCAAUUUUGCGGAGGAAUUUACUAGAAUGCUUGCAGCAGACUCUCCAGCCAUUAUUCCUACAACGGGAGACAAGCUUUUCAAGGGCUAUUCUUAUGUUGCACCAUCAGUGAUAUUCAGUGACAACACAGUGAGUAAUGAUCUUCUAAAACAAUCAACAGAUCUACAUCCUGAUGUUAAACAACUACUAUAUGCUAGUCAUUUUAAGAGCUCAGCCUUUUUUCAACAAUAUGAACUAGAUUUUAAAACUCCACCACUAGGGGAUGGCAGUUUCUCAAUUUGCAGGAAAUGUUUUCAUAAGAAAACUCAUUUACCAUUUGCGGUUAAGAUAGUGAGUCGACGUAUAGAUGUAAACAGGGAAGUUACUCUGCUCAAAUUGUGUCAAGGUCACAGAAAUAUUGUUCAACUUGUAGAAGUAUUUUUUGAUGAGCUGCAUACAUACAUGGUGCUUCAGCUAUGUGAAGGUGGCGAAUUAUUAAACAGAAUACGAAAGAAAAAGAAUUUCUGCGAGCCAGAGGCCAGUGAGAUUAUGUGGAAAUUAGUUCAGGCCGUAGACUUCAUGCAUAGUAGAGGGGUGGUUCAUAGAGAUCUUAAACCAGAGAAUUUACUGUUUGAAGACUCCUCUGAACAAGCUGAAGUGAAGAUAAUAGAUUUUGGUUUUGCGAGAUUAAAGCCUGGUAAUCAGCAGCUGAGUACCCCAUGUUUUACCUUGCCAUAUGGGGCACCAGAAGUCUUACUACAGGCAACAACAAAUAGGGAUAAAGAAGGCUAUGAUGAGUCAUGUGAUCUCUGGAGUUUAGGUGUCAUAUUGUACACAAUGUUAUCAGGGAAGGUUCCAUUCCAAGUAGGCAGUUCAGAAAACCAGGCGAAGGCAAUCAUGCAUGAAAUUAAGAUGGGUAGAUUUAAUUUUAAUAGUUCAGAAUGGAAUGAUGUGUCAGAUGCGGCAAAAUCUCUUAUACAAGGAUUACUGACUGUAGAUCCAAGGAAACGUCUAACAAUGGCAGAUUUGAAGGAAAAUGAAUGGCUUCUAAGGAAUAAUAAUAGUAUGUUCUCAGAAAAAACAUUACCUACUCCAGGUGUUUUAAAUACUACUAGUAAUACACUACAGCUCCAGUUUUCUGCCACUUUAGAUGCCUUUCAUAAAGCAACGCGUGAAGGUUUCCGCCUACAAGAUGUAAAUAAGGCACCCCUUGCUCAACGUCGUAAGAAAAAGAAAGCCUCUGAUGAAAGAAGUUCCACAGACAGCAGCCAUUCUGGUGGUUCUAUACCUCAAGGGUCACAGGGGGCAUCAGGGAGUUUACAUGUACUCAAUUCUCCGAGAGAUUCGCCUGUUCGAAACCUGUCCAAUAACUCCAACACAUCAUCAACAUCUCAUAGCUCCACUCAUAGUUUAGGGUUUGUACCUCAAAGGACCACACCUGUUGAACUUACCUCUAGUCAAAAUAUGCCUUCAUCAGGCAUAUCAGAAGUGCUUGUGAUUGAACCAAGUACCUCAAAUGAGAAAAUAGGGUACCAAGAAAUAUUGUCAUCUGAUUCAGAAAACUCAGUUAAUGAUGAACCGCCUUUCCAAAAGACACGAGGAAUAAAACGUAAACAUAGUUUAGAGGAAGGUUAUAGUGAUUUAGAUGAUGAAUCUGAUGAAAGUGAUGAUGACAAUGAUAUCACUGAUGACGAUGAUGAUAAUAGUGAUUGUAUAAUAAUAUCAGAUGAUGAUGAUGAUGAGGAGGAUGGAAGUUGCGAGAGUGAUGAAAGUUUAAGUGAUGUACAAACCAAGAACUUAAAUAGGAGUAAUAAAAAGGCAAGGACAGAAAGUACUAUUAUAAUAGAUGAUUGAUAAACAAGGAAAUGGUUUAUCGUAGAUCAUAUAUAAGCCAUUAAUUAUCUUUAUAAAUGAUGAACAAACUUAGUUUGUUGCAUACUGCAGACUUUGCUAUAUUACCAUAUGUUGAGUCAAAUUUUGGUAGGUUUAAUGUCCAUUGUAUAGGUGCAUUAUUUGAAAGUUUGUUAUUUGUUGUAAUCAGAACAUACACUUUAUUAGGUAGCAUAUCAGUUUGUUGGUAUUGAAUAAAAGAAAUUAAAAGUAAAGUAGGUGACAAAUUUUGAUUUAUCAUUUGCAUAAUAAUAUAAAUGUGGAUAAUUUUAACCCUAGCAACAGAUUCUACCCGUGUAACCAUCAGUGUGUUGCCUCAUCAGUCAGUACUUAUUUUGAAGUUUUCUCUAAACAUGAUCAAUACUUCUUUCCACAUUAAAAGAUUGACAAGUCCAUUUUACAUAUUCAGUAUGGUGAGAGUUAAGAUACAUUUUCUAUGUUUUCCACCAUUAUUUUUGUUUUAAAUACUUCAUAGUUUGAAAAAAAGAAAGAAAAAUAAGGAAAACAGUUUAUUUCACCAGCCCUUAAUAGAGCCUCAUGAUUUGUGACUUUGUCAACAAAAUUACAAACUUAAGAGAUGAAUUUUUAGACUAUUGUCAUAUUUAAAUAUGUCGUAGCUUUGUUAUCCAUAAACUAUAUUUUUCCAUUUGAUUUUUUUACACAGUUUGUUUACACUCUUGAACUUUUAAAGUAGAGGACCUCCAGAUUUCUGCUCUAUAUUUUUAUUAAAAAUUUUAAAAAAUGAUGGGGAAUAAAAUAGUAGAUCGUGUCAUAUUUUGCAUAGAACAUUAAUCAUCUAAAUACGUUUAGACCUGAAUUGAUUAAUCAUCAAGAUAUUUAGCCCUAUUGUUAUUUUGGCAUAUUAAACACCUAAAUUUUGUUUUUGUUGUUUUAAGUUGUUUUGGGAUUAAAUUGAUUUAAGAUUAUGUAAAUUUACUUUUUGACACCAUGUUAAAUCUAAUCAAUAAUUUUAUCAUUCUUUGAAAAUAUAAAUAUUUUGCAAACAGAAAAAAAUCCGAGUUUAUUGAGUAGUUGACCGUCUGGUCAGACAAAAUAGGUGUUCAGGCUGGCCGGAAUAUGCUGUUGACAGACAAAUCAGGCUGGCCGGAAUAUGCUGUUGACAGACAAAUCAGGCUGGCCGGAAUAUGCUGUUGACAGACAAAUCAGGCUGGCCGGAAUAUGCUGUUGACAGACAAAUCAGGCUGGCCUUUGACAUUCAAAUAUGUUAAAUUCAAAAUAUGUUAAUUUUUCACUGAUAUACAUGUAUGUAGGGAUUCAGAUGUGUUCAAUCACUCUAUUUCACUUGUGUAUCUUUUUGUUUUACAUUCGGCAUGAUGACCUUUAUAAAGAUAUCACAAAUGCAGUAAAAUCACAGCAUUGGUUCAUUCCUACAAUGUAUAUCAUGAUAAUAGCAACAUGAUGUAGUCACAUAACUGAAAUUGUCAUAUUUUCAUUAAGGUCAUAGCCUGGCAGACACAUAUAUACACAAGUGAUAAUAAGAGGUUGUUUAUUUAGAUUGAACUUGAAAAAUUGUACAAGUUUUAAAGUAUAUUAUAGACCUUGAGAGGUUGUUUUCUUUGUCAAAAACAUUUCUUGACAUUAUUUUUACUCUGUUUGACUGUGAUCAUACGUAUUUUAGUCAGUUUAGAUGUUUAGUAUUGUUGGUACCUCUUGCAUUAUAAAAACUGUAUUUUAUAUCGAUAUUAGAAAUUACGCAUCAAUGACAAUUGUGAUUUAAUGUCACAAAGUGAAAAUGCCUCAAGGUUUUUAUUUUUUGUUCUUGUUUUUAAAAACAAAUUUUGUACAAUUACUAGUAAUAUGAAAUAUUUUGAGUGAUUUUUGUAGUUAAGGAGUUACUGAUGAAAAUUAUUUCAGUAAAAUGAUGGCAUGAAAUAGUGUCAUAAUUUGAAUGCCAUUUAAGUUGUAAUGUUGAAUAGGUAUUGUUGUUCACGUUUAAACUAUGUCAUUAAUUAACUAUUAGUUUAUAAUGAUGCUUGUUAAACUUCAAUGUUGAACAAAAUGUUACAAGUAGAUAUUAUAUAACAAGGACCUAUAUGUGGUUCAUAUUAGGUCAGAUAAAGUCUUCUUUUCUUUGGUAUAUAACUUAAUUGAAUGUUUGCAAAUAUUUCUAUUGUUUACUUUGUAUGAUAAAAUUUUACCAUUCCAAGGGUAAUAUUGUAGAACCUGUAAAUGAUAUAACAUGAUGAACCAUAUAGGUGAAACAUGUUUUUGGAUUAAAUUUAGUUACAUGUGAAGUCAUAUAUAAGUACUGUCAUUGCUCUAUAUGAUAGGCAACUCAACUACUUCUGAUCAAUUUCUGAAUCAAGAAUGUUACAGUGGACCUCUGUUAAAUAAAGUUCUAUAAAUCAUGCAGCUGAGGUAAUAAAUGGGAUUUGAGUUCACUGUUGUUGAAUAGAUUAUGUCAGAAACAACUUUUAAAAAGCUUUUGUUUUGUAAAGAUAAGGUUCAGAAUGUACAGAAUGGCUUAAGAAAAGAAGUUUUUCUUUUUUUGAUUUUUUUUCUCUUUUAUUAGCUCACCUUAACAAAAAAUGCUCAGAGGUGAGAUUUUGUGAUGGCAGUAUGUUCAUCGUUGUCCUCAAUAGCAUCACCUUGUGGUCCUCUACAAAAGCUAUAUAAAUCUAUCUGGCCCUGGGUGUUAAAAUUACCCCCCCCCCCCCUCAGGGGUCACUUGGUUUAAAUAGACUUGCAUAUGAAAAUAUAAUUAAGUCUUCUUUUGUGAAACAACAAUUCCAAGAGCAAGAGCUUAGAUAUUUGGCAACCAACAUUGUUUGAUUUACCCUUUUUGGGCAUAACUUUCAGGUGAGCAAUUUAGGGCAAUCCCCCUUGUUUCCUUGUAAUAUUAGGUGAGAGAAUAGCACCUCUUUGAUCUCUUGUUCAUAUCUAGCAAAACAUAGUAUACAACAAAAUUGUGACUUGGUGUUUAUAAUACAGUUACUUUAUAUCAUAGAUUAAGGAGGUGGUAAAAUUUUACAAAUGAUGUCAAUAUUGCCAUUUUUAUGAUUAUUUUAAAAUUGGAAUUGAAAUAUAUAUUGAUUGCUAAAUUUGCCAAAAAUAUAUAUGAUUACACAGUUUGAAAUUUUAAUGUUAUUUACAUAUAAUAUAUUUAUAGUUGAUUUGUUACAUACCCAUAUAAUGGGAAGUGUUUUUAUUGUUUUGAUUGUUAUCUUAUAGAAGUACACAGUUAUUUUACAAUUGUGUAGAUUUAUGAAUUGUUCUUACUUCAAUAAACUGUUACAUGAAAUUAUUGUAAAAUGAAUAUUACUUUUUUAUUAAUAGACUUCAUAAGUGAAUAUCAUAAAGUAUUGCAUUCCACUUGAGUUAUUGAGUUAUUUUGAAAGGAAUUUUACAGAUUCUGUAAUCAUGAGUUGUAAAACAGACUAAUAUCCCUGAUUUCAACAUUGGUUGUUUUUUUAUGUAGCAUGUUUUUGUGCCACAUACUGCACUUUGUUCAUUAACCAAUUGUGUCCCUUU